AUGCUUCCCUCGUCUUCGUCCCGGCUCAUCCUCCGCUCCGGCGCCAUGGCGGCGGCCAGCUCGAGGGCCACGGUCGGUCCGGCCGCUGCCCGCGCCUUUUCCACCUCGAUGGUCGCCGACAAGGAGGUCAAGAACGUCACCGUCUUCGGCGCCGGCCUGAUGGGCGCGGGCAUCGCCCAGGUGCUGGCGCACAAGGGCAAGUUCAACGUCACCCUCUCGGACGUCACCGACAAGGCGCUCUCCAACGGCCAGUCGAUCAUCUCCAAGUCGCUCACCCGCAUCGCCAAAAAGGCCAUGGCCGAUUCGUCGGCCGAGGAGCAGGCCACGUUUGUCCAGGGCAUCGUCGACUCGAUCAAGGUCACCACUGACCCCGAGGCGGCUGUCCAGGACACUGACCUGGUCAUUGAGGCCAUCAUCGAGAAUGUCGGCAUCAAAAAGGACCUCUUCGGCUUCCUCGACGGCAAGGCGCCCAAGGACGCCAUCUUUGCCAGCAACACGAGCUCCCUCAGCAUCACCGACGUCGCCGACGCCGUCGAGCGCAAGGACCGCUUCGGCGGCUUCCACGCCUUCAACCCCGUGCCUCAGAUGAAGCUGGUCGAGGUCAUUAGGACCACCAAGACCAGCGACGAGACCUACGAGGCCCUGAUGGACGUGGCCAAGAGGAUGGGCAAGGUGCCCGUCACCUGCGUCGACGCGCCUGGCUUCAUUGUCAACCGCCUCCUGGUCCCUUACAUGUUUGAGGCGAUCCGGCUCGUCGAGCGCGGCGAGGCCUCAAUCAAGGACGUCGACACGGCCAUGAAGCUCGGCGCUGGAUACCCCAUGGGACCGUUUGAGCUGGCUGACCUGGUCGGACUCGACACGCUGUCGCACAUUGCCAAGGGAUGGAGGGACACGCGGGUCAAGACGGGCGAGAUCCACGCCGAGGCGGUCAAGGAGUCGAAGCUGCUCGAGGACCUCGUGGCCCAGGGCAAGCUGGGCAAGAAGAGCGGCGAAAAGGGCGGCUUCUACGAGUACCCCGCCGCCAAGAAGUGA